AUGGACAUCCAUUCUUGUCUUGGGGAGAACCUCAGUAAUGGAUCUAACCUAUCUUGUGAAUCCACCUGUCGAAUCCAGGAUGGCUUUCUGACGGAGACCUUGCCUGCAAUGUACUCAAUCAUCGCCAUCAUUGGUUUCCUUAGCAACCUCCUGGCACUCUGGGUCUUCACUUUGGGCUCCCUCAAGACAAACUCCAUCACGGUGUACAUGAAGCACCUUGCCAUCGCCGACCUCUUGCUCUCCCUCUGUUUGCCCUUCCGGGUGGCUUAUCAAAACCACAGUGGUCCCCCCGCUCUCUGCAAGAUGGUAGGCAUGAUCUUCUACAUCACCAUGUACGUCAGCAUUUUGCUUCUCAGCCUGAUCAGCCUGGACCGCUACUUCAAAAUAAUCAAGCCCCUUCAACAAUUCCGAAUCCACACUAAGUCGUUCAGCGCUUCCAUGUCCCUGGUGGUGUGGAUGGUCUGCUUCAUCACCAUGCUUUGCUUCCUUUUGGACACGAGUAGAAGUGGGCCCUGUGGCCACAAGUGCUUCCAUUUCAAGUACAGAAGCACCAGCGGAGGCAUACUCAAUUUGAUGGCGGUGGCUUUUUUUUUCCUCUUGCUGUUCUUUUUCCUUUAUUCCUACGCUAAGAUCUCCCUCAGGCUCCGUGCAGUCUCUUUGAAGAAAACCCAGCAGCACAGUAAGAGGAUGAGCACCAGAAUUGUAAUCAAGACUUUUGUGGUCUUGGUGGUUUUCAUCGUAUGCUUCGUCCCCUACCAUAUGGUCCGAAUACCCUACAUCCUUUCCCAAAUGAGGAUCAUUUCUGAACAGAACAUCCAGGCCCUCCAUCUUGCAAACGAACUGGUCCUUUGCAUUUCAGCCCUCAACUGUUGUUUUGACCCUGUGAUUUUUUUCUUUCUGUCCCGCAGUUUCAAGAGAUCCUUGCUGGACACCACUCUCCGAAAGCUAAAGUGGGUUUCUCAAAAUAACCAGAGAGUAUUGUACGCCAAAUAA